AUGCGCAACGAUCCGGAGAAGGAGUACAACCUGCAGAUCGAGUACCGAGCGGGGCGGACGCACGCAAACGCAGACGACUUGUCGAGGCGGCCCGAGGUGUGCGCCGAGACGAGGGCGGAAGAUGCCUGCCCGUGCUUCAUGGGGGGACGUUGCCGACAGGCAGCGACCCCUGGGAGCGCGCUGAAACUAAAACCCCCUCCCCCGAGAGAGAGUGCGCAAUGCGGGCCGAAACCGGCACAAUAUCAGGUACCCCUGAGACCGUUUCGCGUCAGUCGAACGAACCAGCUGGUUGGGAUCGACCUGCAAGGGCCAUUCCCGCGAUCCCACCGGGGCAACCGAUAUAUUCUCGUAUCGGUAGAGUACUUCACACGCUAUCCCGUGGCGGUGGCCAUCCCCGAUAAAACGGCCCUCGUGGUAUCCCGAGCGUUCGUGGAGCACUAUGUACUUAAACACGGGAUCCCCAAACGGGUCAUUACCGACCAAGGUAGUGAGUUCGAGGCUCAGCUGUUUCAGGCACUGUGCCACGAGUUCGGAAUCCAGAAGGACCGAACCACGGCAUACCACCCCCAGGCGAACGGUAUGGUGGAGCGGAUGAACCAGACCCUAGCCGGGAAGCUCAAAUGCAUGGUGGCCGCAAAUCAGCAAGACUGGGACGAACACCUCCCCUACACCCUGUUCGCCUACACCACCACGGUACACACGUCUACGGGACAGACCCUGUUCCUAAUGAUGUUUGGCCAUGAGUUUCGUCUACCCGCAGAUUUGCUGUUCGGUGUCCCCCCACCGCAACGGGAGGACGGGAGCCACCUGAUGGAGACUCUGCGAGGGGCCCGGGCCGGGCCUACCCGCAAGGAGAGGCGCGCACAGGCGGCAAGAGCAGGGCGCCCGACCCCGUAUGGAGCCCCCGUUCUACUCGGUGGGCUCUAUGGUGUGGCUUCACACUCCUCGCGUCGGGGCCGGACAGGUAGGGAAACUGACCACCUACUGGCGGGGACCCUGGACCGUGGGACGGCAGAUCUCCCCCUGGAUGGUGCUGAUUCAGGGAGGAGAGAAGGGCCGGGAGAUGGUGGUAAACGUCCGCCGACUUAAACCAUGGAAGACAGCUCCAGCGAGGGGGAACCCCGCCGUUCGAGUACCCCCGAAAUCCCGGGAUCCCCACACCCCUCAU